GAAAGGGUUACAGCUCCUCCUCUUGAGGAAGGAAGCAGGAAGAACAGAAAUGAAACCAGCGCUCAGUCAAGUCCCAUUACAGGAAGUAACACAUACCGGCACUGGUGUUUUUGUCAAAAUGUCGAAUGGUCCCAAUGAGCCGGGGAAAAGAGACUAUGCAGGGAGAAAACUCAAGACACUUCCAAAGUCAAUUUAUGAUGAAAAUAAAAACAUCACAAAAAUUGACCUACAGAGGAACAGACUGAAACAAGUGUGUGGGAUUUCGCAGCUCACCAACCUGACAGAACUGAUUCUGUCAAGAAACGAAUUGGUGGACUUUCCUGAAGACAUCCGCGACCUCCAUCAGCUAAAGACACUGUACAUUAAUCAAAACAACAUCAAGUGCAUACCACUAGAUGUGUUCCCCAGACUGAAGCAUCUCCAGUCUCUGAAGCUGAGCACAAACCGCUUAGCCGAGCUCCCAGCUGACAUGAUCCAGUGUCAGAGCUUGGUGUACCUGAAUGUGUCAAACAACUGUCUGAGGGAUCUGCAAGCUCUGGUUGGCCUUCAGAAACUCAAAGAGUUAUAUGUGGAACAAAACAGGCUGACUGAUCUCCCUGAGGAAUUGUUCGAUAAUCUGAAAAUGUUCAAAGCCACUGGAAACCCACUACGCAAGCCUCCAGAGGAGGUGUGCGUUGGCAGCUUAAAAGACAUCCGUUCCUAUUUCACAAUGUUGAGGGAAAGCUCGUCCACCAUCAAGUCAGUGAAGACAAUGUUCCUCGGAUCAUCUAUGGCAGGGAAGUCCACACUCUGUCGCAGCUUUGACAAAUGCCACCCGGUGGAGGUGGACGAGGAUGACAGGACUGUAGGCAUUGAAAUCAAAGAGGUGGAGAAAGGAGGGGUGCGAUUCCUCUGCUGGGAUUUCGCCGGACAAGAAGAGUACUACAUCACCCAUCAUGUCUUCAUAACUCCACAGGCCUUUGUCAUCCUUGCCAUCAAUCUGUCCAGAUAUGACCUCACAGACAAGUCUUUUAAAGAACAUGUGAGCUUCUGGAUCAGUAACAUUCAGCUGAGGGUUCCUGACUCUGUUGUGCUACCGGUGGGAACACAUAUUGACCUGUGUCCCAACGAAGAGGACAUCAGCCGCAAGAAAAGGGACAUUGACAGCAAGCUGCGGGACAUGUUAACAGAGAGGGGAGAAACUUUACAGCAGCUGAAAAACAAACUCCAAGAUUCCGAUGACCCCUCCCUGUACUCCGAUCAGAUGAAUGAUCUUAGGAGGCUUACAGACUACAACCUGAAGGUACUUGAUCUUCUACUUGUUGACUGCACCAAGCCUAGAGACAUCCAGAUGUUCCAAGACCACAUUGUGAGAGAAGCUACCAACAAGGAAAACCUUCCAAGCAUUGAGAGGACUCUGCCAGGAAUCUACCAAGAGGUUGAGAGAGAGAUUCAAGAUCUCUUGCAAAAUAAUGAAAUACCUCUGCAUGGAAGAGUAACUCUUUCUGACCUGCUAGAUAUUCAUAUCAGUCGAAGGGGUAUGAAUCCAGAAAACCUCAAAUGCAUUCUUCGGUAUCUCCAUCGGAUUGGAGUUAUUGUUUGGUAUGAGGACAUACCCUCUCUGAAGGAUGAUGUGUUUGUUAAACCGUCUGUCCUGAUUUCACUGUUCAAGGCCAUCAUAAGGCACGACUUGGUGAAGCAAAUCAAAGACAUCCCAACACAGGAGCUGCGUCGCAGGAGGAUUCUCAACACGUACAGAGAAACCUGGGUGGCAGACUACGAGGAGAAGGCCACUCUGCACAACGAGGCCAUAUCCAUCCUUGUGCAGAAAGAGCUCAAGAAGUUGGAUCUUGAUGACGAAGAGAUCGUUGAGGAGAUCGUAGGCAAAGGGAGCAGGCCAGGGAGUCUUAUGUGUCUCCUGCAGCACUUUGAGGUGUGUCUCCCGGCUAAGAUGGCGAACGAGCUCAACCCAGAAGCCCCAGAAUUCCACCCUGGGGCUAAGAAAUGGGACCACCCUAACCCCAAAGUGUAUGACCCUGACAGUGCCUGCAUGUUCCCCAGCUACCUUAAGAACAACAACAAUGUUGUGAAGACUUGGGGGGAAGACAAGCUGAGCGACCUCAACGUCCAAAUGUACUUCAUGCCUGAGAUUCCCUGUGGGUUCUUUCAUAGACUCAUCAUCAAGAUUUGUUCAUUUUAUCCAGUUCACUGGGUGGGAAAGGACCAGUGCUGUUUCGGAUCCAUCCAUUCACUGACCCUCGUCAAGACCAAAACUGUCAAUGAGGACCAGUGCAUCGAGAUACGCUGCAGGGAACAAGAUGAAGUGCAGAGGUCAUGGCAGAUGAUCCGGGAGAUCAUGAGGAGGAUGGACGAGCUGGCCCAGGAGUGGCCCGGUCUUGGCCAGUAUGUCCACACCCCCUGCAAGGAGCACGGCUGCUCUGACUACUUCCCAUGGAGGGAUUGGAAAGACUGGAUAAGUGCGGCAUCUGGCAAGAACAGCAGUGUUCAAGAGAAGAAAGUGACCUGCAAGUAUGGACAUACUCGCCGGACUGAGCUGAUAUAUCCUACAGGGCUGUUCAACUCUGAAUCUUCAUGAUGGAAGUUCAAACUUUACACAUUCUAUAUCACAUACCAUUCUAGCCAUGCUCCAUUUGGGCAGAUUAAAAAAAAAUCUGAAUUCCAAGUUUAAGGCUAAAUGUAACUCUCUAUCACAUACAUGGUGACUGGUGUAAACUCUGUGACACACCUGUAAUAUGUUGUAAAUAGUAUGACCUAGUAGUUUGCAUGGCAAGUUAAAUAUUGGUCAAAUAAAAUAAAAUAAAGGUCUUCUCCAUGCAA